AUGGCUGUCUGGUAUCUCUACUCCCUUUUGAUAUUCCUGGUAACCUCCAUCUUCACCAGGCACUUUCUGAACAAAAUCCAGAAUCUUCCACCAACCCCAUUUCCAUGUCUACCCGUCAUCGGCCAUCUCUACCUCCUUAAGCGACCCAUCUACAGAACUCUUUCUCGCAUAUCCAAGCGAAGCGGUGAUGUUCUCCUUCUACAAUUCGGAUCCAAUCGAGUCCUCGUCGUCUCGUCGCCGUCAGCCGCUCAAGAAUGUUUCACCAAAAACGACAUCAUUUUCGCCAACCGUCCUCACUUUCUCAUGGGCAAACACUUGGCCUACAAUUUCACCGCCAUCUCUUGGGCACCCUACGGUGACCAUUGGCGGAAUCUCCGGCGGAUUUCCUCCCUCGAGCUCUUGUCACCGACCCGCCUUCAAAUGUUGUAUCACAUCCGAGCCGACGAGGUGAGGACGAUGAUUCGCAAUCUCUUGGAAAGUCAAGAUCAAGUCGUUGAUCUGAGAACAUCGUUUUUCGAGUUGGCGCUCAACAUCAUGAUGAGAAUGAUAGCUGGAAAACGUUACUAUGAUAAGAACGUGGAAGACGUCCGAGAAGCAAAUCGAUUUCGUGAGCUUCAUGACGAGACUUUGAAGUUGAGUGGUUUAACUGCUAUUGAAGAUUUCUUGCCGUGGAUUAAAUCUUGGGAUCUUGAGAGGAAGUUGAUAGAGUGUCAAAAGAAGAGAGAUGGGUUCAUGCAGGAUUUGAUAGAGGAGGGAAGAAGGAAGAUGAAAUUUGAUAGCUGCGAUGGAGAGAGGAAGAAAACAAUGAUCGAUGUCUUGUUGUCCCUGCAAGAAUCAGAGCCAGAGUAUUACAGUGAUCUAAUCAUCAAAGGCCUGAUGCUGAUUCUUCUCAUGGCUGGGACUGAUACGACUAUAAAUACAAUGGAGUGGGCACUUUCACUGUUAUUAAACCACCCAGAAGAACUUAAACGUGCCGAAACUGAAAUCAAGAAUCAAAUACCAGAGGGUCGUCUUCUUCACGAAUCAGAUUUGCCCAACCUUCCAUACCUUCGCUGCAUCAUAAAUGAAACAAUGCGUCUGUACCCGGCAGCCCCCUUGUUAGCACCACAUAGAUCAUCCGCGGAGUGCAGCGUCGGAGGGUUUCGCAUUCCGGCCGGCACGACACUAAUGGUUAACGUAUGGGCAAUACAACAUGAUCCUAAGAUUUGGGAAGAUCCAACAAAAUUUAAGCCAGAGAGGUUUAGAGAGAUGUCGGAGACAGCUGGUGCCGGAGCCAAAGAUGGGUACUGUUUGAUGCCUUUUGGGUCUGGGAGGAGAAGCUGUCCUGGAGAUGGGUUGGCUAUGAAGGUGAUAGGCUUGACUCUAGGCUCGUUAAUUCAGUGCUUUGAGUGGACGAGGGCUGACAAGGAGAUGGUGGAUAUGACUGAAGGAGUUUCCUUUACCUUGCAGAAGGCUAAGCCACUGCGUGCUAAAUGCCGACCAAGAGCCACCAUGGCCGAACUUCUUUCUAAAAUAUGA